AUGACAGUAGUCGACUUAGCUCUCGUCUACAAGCAUAUUCCGAAAGUGUUCGGAACUUUGGCUUUUAUCGUGAAUCCCAUUUUUGUCUAUUUGAUAUUCACAGAGAAAUCAACGAAAUUCGGCAAUUAUCGGUAUGUUUUGUUGUACUUUGCAAUGUUCAAUUUGGUCUAUUCAAUUGCAAAUGUGGUGAUUCCAAUUGACAUUCACAGUUACCGUUACUGUUUCUACCUCUUCAUCAGCGACGGUCUUUUCGUUGAAUCCACCGACUGGCAUCUGUUUCUACUUUCCCUCCGAUGUGCAUUGGUUGCAUCUAGCUAUGCAGUCCUUUUGAGUCACUUCAUCUAUAGAUAUUUAGUGGUUCUUGACAGCACUUUGACAAAAGGGAACUUCCAUAUCUUCAUGAUGAUGUCCUUUGGUAUAUUCCUGGCUUAUACAUCUGUCUGGCAUGCGUCCUGCUACUUUCUGGGAAGCGCAAAUCCAGAGAUCAAAGAAUACAUCAGAGAAGAUUUCGGUAAAUUUUAUGGGAUUAACUCAACGGACAGAAAUAUGAUAUCUUGUUUAUACAACGAGGGUACAGACUUCACUGUUAUCCGAUCUUGGUCUACUACAACUUUAUGGACUUCGAUAUCAGCAAUUUCUAUUUGCGUUUUUCUAAAGUUGGCUCAUAUGAUUAUGAGAAAACUAGAGAACAUGACUGGAAGAAUCAGCAGAAAAACUUCGAGACUCCAAAUUGAGCUGUUGAGAGCUCUGAUUGUGCAGACUAUCAUUCCCAUAUUUGUCAGUUUCUUUCCUUGUGUCAUCAGUUUUACAAUUCCCAUUUUCAACAUGGAUUUGGGACGACCUAUCAACUACGUUGAGGUGAUUGCUCUGGGAGCUUUCGUUUUUUGUGAUCCAGUUGCUAUUGUUAUGUGUCUUCCUGUGUUUCGUCAGCGAGUUUUGUGCAAAAAGAAGCAAUUGCCAGACCGACAGAUUAAUAAUGCAACCAGCACAACAGCAACAAUUAAAUUGGAACCACUAAAUUAA